AUGGCGGCCGCCGCGUUCGAGCGGCGCGUGCUGCGGCGCGCGGCCCAGCAUCACUAUCUGCGCGUGCGCCUGGAGCUGCCCGACGGCGGGGCCCGGCCGAACGCCGCGCAGUUCAAGCAGCUCGUGGUGACAGCGCUGAGGGAACUGCAUGGAGAGGUUGGAGCAGCUUUGCCUGUUGAUGUCUUAACAUAUGAGGAAAAAACUCUGUCUGCCAUAUUAAGAGUAGUUAGCAGUGGCUUUGUCAAGCUGUGGAGUGCUCUAACCUUGCUGGGCUUCUACCAGAACAGGAGGUGUGCCUUCCGGGUGUUGCAGACAUCUCCAUUUCUACUUGCGUUAUCUGGCAACAGUAGAGAAUUAGUCUUGGACUGAAUGCAGUUCUUGGUUCAGCUGUGUGAAGACGUUCCUGGAAAUGUUGUGGCCCUUCAGGCAUGCAAUUUCUGGAGGGAUUUU